AUGAGGGCCAUCAUCAACGGCACUCGCUCAGGCAAAGCGGGCCUGGCUCCCUUUAUCGUGGCCUGGUUUUCCCUCUUCUGCAGCCUGGCCACAGCGUACACUUGUACAGCAACCUACAAGGUCGUGUCUGGGGACACCUGCGACGCUAUCUGCCAAAGCAAGAAUGUCCCAGUCGCACAGCUCAAGCAGCUCAACAGCGGCUUGAACUGCGCAGGCUUGCAGAUUGGUCAGUCGCUCUGUCUCCAUUCCAAGGAGUACGACUGCACAGCAACAUACGCAGUCGCAUCGCAAGACACUUGCUACAGCAUCGCCACCGCCAAAGGCAUCUCGACCACCCAGCUUAGCAAUGACAACCCUGGCCUGGACUGCAACGCCAUCUACGUCGGACAAGUGCUAUGUGUAUCCCCAACCACACCUGGUACUACGGCGACUGCGACCACAACUUCGAAGGCAACGAAAGCGACAUCGACUACGACGAAAACGUCUUCUACUAGUGCUGUCCCAUCCUCGACAGCCACUCUCGCCUGUAGCAACUACUCGACCGUGCAACCAGGUGAUACGUGUGACAAGAUCUGCCAGCGCUCCAAGGUCUCGCUGUACAGCUUAAAGCAGCUGAAUAGCAACACAUCAUCGUUCUGCUCUUCGCUGCAAGCUGGUUCUGGCGUCUGCAUCGACGGUUCAUCGAACAAUUGCGGCAGGGUCGCCACUGUGAAGUCUGGCAAGACCUGCACCGACAUUGCGACAAAGUACAACACCACCUUUGCCAGCCUCCGCGCGCUCAACCCCAAUAUCAACAAGAACUGCUCCAACAUUUACGAUGGCGAAGUGCUCUGCGUCAAAGCUCGUCCGCCAGCUCCCAGCUGGUAUCAGACCUGCACAAGCCAGUACUCAGUCGUGCUCGGAGACACCUGCAACAAGAUUGCCGCCAAGCUCUCUUUGACGACUGCCCAACUGCUGGGCCUCAACCCAGACAUAUCUUGUUCCGCCUUAAAGGUUGACCAGUCUCUCUGCGCAUUCCGACCUUCGGUGCAGAUAUGUCCCCAGCCAGUCUACAUCAAGUCAGCUGAUUCGUGUUACGACCUCGCCACCAAUGUCUCGAUGAGCUUACCCGAAUGGCAGUCCUUGAACACGUUCAACAACGUGUCGGUCGCGUGCAAUGCCCUACCGAUCGGUGAUCUCGUCUGUCAAAAGCAGGGCAACGCUUCUCUACCUACUGUGUCCGGUACGAAUCCAGGGUCUCUGCCACUGUGCUCAGCCUGCGACAAGAGUAGUUCUUGCUGCACCCAGUACAGCGUCUGCGCCCCACUCUGGUCUGACUUCUGCACCCGGAACAACACAUGUCAAUCGAAUUGCCAAGGUGAUCCUGGUGUGGUCGUACCGACUCGCCCGUCCGGGGGCGCCGGCUACAUCAACGACACAUCCUACUGGGGCAAGGUGCC